CAAGCUCGCGGCGCGGGAGGCGGAGCCGCGCGCUCCCGGGGUCAGCUGACCCAGAGCACGAGCUGAACCCAGAAGGCGACCCCGGCGGCGGGUGUCUGCGAGGAGAGCCCCCUGUGCCACUCCCCCUCCUGGGCUAGGAGCUCCCAGGCCACCGCCAUGGUCUGGAGGAAACUGAGCCCAAGCAACUUCUCCAGCUGCCCCAACGGCUCCCGCCAGUGGAUCUGGGAUGUGUUUGGUGAGUGUGCCUACGACGGCUGGGAUGAGGCCAGCGUGGGCCUGGGUUUGAUCUCCAUCCUCUGCUUCUCGGCUUCCACCUUCCCCCAGUUCAUCAAGGCCUGCAAGACCGGCAACAUGGACCAGGCCCUGUCCCUGUGGUUCCUCCUGGGCUGGAUCGGCGGAGACUCCUGCAACCUCAUCGGCUCCUUCCUCGCCAACCAGCUGCCUCUGCAGACAUACACAGCUGUGUAUUAUGUCUCAGCGGACCUGGUGAUGCUGACACUGUACUUCUAUUACAAGUUCAAGAACCGUUCCCCUGGGUUGUCCACCCCCAUCAAUUCUGUGCUCCUGUUGGUCGCGGGGGCGGUGUGUGCUGUGCCGUUGCUGAGCAGCGCUGGCCCAGUGGCUGCCCCGACGGGGGGCUUCCAGGGACGGACACUCCUGUCUGUGGAGCCACACAUUAGGCCCUUCACCCAGCAGGAGGUCAUCGGCUUUGUGAUUGGCUCCAUCUCCAGCGUGCUCUACCUGCUGUCCCGGCUGCCCCAGAUCCGCACCAACUUCCUACGGAAGUCCACCCAGGGCAUCUCCUACUCUCUCUUCGCCUUGGUGAUGCUGGGGAACACGCUGUAUGGGCUGAGCGUACUGCUCAAGAAUCCUGACAUGGGUGAGAGCGAGGGCAGCUAUCUGCUGCACCACCUGCCCUGGCUCGUGGGCAGCCUCGGGGUGCUGCUGCUCGACACCGUGAUCUCUGUCCAGUUCCUGGUGUACAGGAACCACGCAGUACCCACCGCCUGCACCACCGCCGAGCGGGAGCCCUUGCUCUCUAGCUGACCAGUCCCAGGCUGAGACAAGGAUGACCGAGACCUCCACGACCCACACCCACGAAGGGAGAGGUGUGGGUGCUGUUGCAGCCCCAAUGGCUCUGCCCAGCCUCCUCUGGGGACUGGGCGGACUUCUAGGAGUGAGGAAGCCCCCGGCCCCUGCCAACCUGCUCCCCACAACACACUUCCCAGGAGCCAGUGUCGCUGUUCCUCAUGCCCACCUACCUCACUGUGCCUGGGCACCCUGGAGGCCCUGGCAGCUACCCAAUGACCUGAGCCCACCUCAUCUGUGGGGCCUCCUGGCCAGGCUGCUGCUCUCAUCCCUCCCCCUGGGCGCCUGGGACAGCACAGGCCAGACCCCCACGGCAAGCCAAGUGCAAAGGGCACGUUCUGCCAAGGCCAGAGGCUCUGCAGUGCGUGUGCCUGGGCCCCGCCAGUGGCAGGCUUCAGCCGAGUCGGGGGACGCAGCAGCGGGAAUAGUGUUGAGGCGGGAGCACAGGGUAGUGGAGGGUGGCUCUUGGUCCUGCCCCGAGGCUUUGUGGUGUCCCUGGCCUGAGGUGCUGGUCAUAGAGUCUGUGCGACGGGAUGACAGCACUGCCACUUCAGACGUCCCGUGAGAGGGAGCAUCCGGCUUGGGGCUACUCCAGGGCCCACGGAAUCACCUGGUCUGGCCCUGCCAUGGCAGCCACAGGUAGAGGCUGAAAUUCAAUAAAUCUACAGCAGGCUCA